AUGCUGUUCUCCUUGAGGGAACUGGUCCAAUGGCUGGGUUUUGCCACCUUUGAAAUCUUCCUUCACCUGCUUGCUUUGCUGAUCUUCAGCAUGCUGGUUGCCCUGAGAGCCGACAUGUUCACCCCCAUGCUGAGCUGGUGGCUAGUGUUUGUUCCACUGUUUGCCGCGGACGGCCUCAGCACCUAUUUUACAGCAAUCGUGUCCAUCCGACUUUAUCAAGAGAACGAGAAGCGCCUUGCAGUGUUGCGGCUCCUCUGGGUGUUGACAGUGCUCUGCCUGAAGCUGGUGUGCGAGGUAUUGCUGUGCCAAAAGCUGGCUGAGGAGGAACAGGCCAGGGACCUCUGGUUUGGCCUAAUUGUUUCACCCCUCUUCAUCUUGUUGCAGCUGCUCAUGAUACGAGCAUGUCGGGUCAACUGA